UUACACGGUGUACUCUUCAAAUGACACCAGCCACGCCCAUUAGCUCAUCAAGCAUCCAGGUACACUGGACACAACAAAGUUCUGAAAAAUGUAGAAAUGCUGUCCUAGAUGGCUACAAAGUAGUAUAUGGGUUGUGGAAUGCAGAAAGGAAUAAAUACAAAGUUCUAGAUGUUACAAAUCCCUCUAGUACAUCAGCAGUGGUGACAGGACUUGGUACAUUCACAUGGUAUAGAUUUCUAGUACAAGCCUACCGCGGUAAACUCGAUGGUCCAUUAUCCAAUUGGAAGGCAGCAAGAACUUUAGAAGAUGCUCCAAGUUGUUUUCCUCAAUUAACGUCUCCUACAGCAAACUCGUCAACAAGUAUCCGCGUCUCCUGGACUCCACUUCGUCCCAAUAAAAAAUGUAUUAAUGGUCAGUUACGUGGCUACAAGGUAGCGUACAGGUUAUCAAGGACAGGAAGCACGUUACAAUACAUCACUGUCAAUAAUUCCUCUGCUACAUCAGUAGUGGUUAGAAGACUUGAUAAAUACACAUGGUACAGAUUUCAAGUACUGGCCUACACUAUCAAGGACGGUCAACUCAGUAAUGCAGUGGAGGAAAGAACCAAGGAAGACGAACCUGACGCUUCUCCACUAGCAUUACAUGUUUUCACACUUAAUGCUACAACUUACGAAGCUACAUGGAGUGAAGUACCUGGCGGCAUGAGAAAUGGAUUAGUAAUCAAGUAUGAAGUGAGAUGGAUGACGACGGGAAGGAAAGGAAAACAAACUACUGCAAGACAAUCAAAUACUAGGGGUAAAAUUUAUGACUUCUCUUACACAAUUCAUGGGUUAUCAUUGUGUGCACAGUACAGCAUAUCUGUUAGGGCGUACACAGGUAUUGGACCCGGACCAUACAGUGCACCAGUCAACAUAACCACACAACGACCUGGCUCCCCACUAGAUUUUAAAGCAUCGUUACAGAAGAAAACCACUGUCCGACUUUUUUGGAGAAAGCCUGCUAAUGUCAAGAAUCCCAUUCAAUCCUAUAAAGUUCAGUACGAAGGAUUCAAGUUCUACUGGAAUGAUUUUAAACACACUAAGUCACACACACAAAGAACAACAAACCUCACUAUCCCUAACCUUAUACCGCUGACAAAUUACACAUUCAAAGUUUUUGCCACAACAAAGUGUGGUGACAGCCCUGCAAGUAUCACUAGAAUUAUCAUAGCAAUAGAMCGUCCUGUAGCCCCUGCAGCUCAAGUAGAACAUCAUAAUGAUACAGGCACAGUGCUAAAUAUUACGAUAUGGAAGGCUGAGCCAAGAAACGGUCCAAUAAGUGCAUACCAAGUAAUCGUUCUGCGCCUCCAAGAUGAAAUAACUACUACAUCCAAGUUGCCAUCAAAUUAUACAGAAAAUAUUUUCAAUCAUUCCACUGCUGCAGAUAAAAACCUUCAUUAUUACAUCACCGCUGAACUUCCAGCAGAAGCAUUUGAGUCCAAAACUAAAGUAGUUACUAUUGGUGAUGGGACUGUAUUUAACAACAUGUACAAGAACGUCCCUUUAGAGAAGGGUCAAAGAUAUAUUAUGUAUGAACGAGCACUGACUUACUAUAACGAGACAAUAUUGUAUGGUAAAGAGGCUUUAAUUUCAUUCAUCAGUGUAGAACGCGCUUCAGUAAAAAUAGCGAAAAGUAAAAGUUCGCUGUCGGCUGGUGGUGUGAUAGGAAUCCUGGUUGCUGUAGCGUUGGUGCUGGUGAUUAUUAUCGUUGGAGCUCGGAUGUGGAGAAGAAGGCAGAAUAAAAACGAAAAUAUACCAGUACCUUUGCACGUACUUAAUAUGGAACAUCAGCGUGAAGAAAAUGUUAUGACUGGUAACGUAUAUGGUGACGAUAAUAGUCAAGCCAUUAAAGUGGACGAGUUCUCAGAAUUCAUUACAAGGAAUCGAUGCCAUGAUUUUGCUGUACUGAAGCAAGAAUAUAAGAUGGCACCUAAUCAUCAGUUUUCAUGGACUAUUGCUAAGAAACCCGUCAAUACAAAUAAAAACCGAUAUGGAAACAUUGUACCUUACGAUAAUUCCCGAGURGCUAUUAAACCUGUGAAAAGCGAACCUGGUUCUGAUUACAUCAAUGCCUCGUAUAUGCAUGGAUACGCAAAGAAACCGAAAGCUUACGUCGCAACUCAAGGCCCUUUGACUCAAACGUUCAACGACUUUUGGAAGAUGAUUUGGGAACAGAAAGCUUCUUCCAUUGUCAUGCUUACAAACCUUCUUGAACUUGGAAAG